AUGGAAUCUAAGCUUACCCGCACGAAACCGUUUAGAAAGUCCCUUGGCUCUAAAAGAAAGCGUAAAAUUACAAGACGUCCAGUUACAAGGCUAUCGAGGUACACCAAAAUGGAGGAGGAAGAGAAGCCUUCGAACGUAUACUGGAUUGUUGGAUCCUGCAUCAUCUUAGCACUUAUUGUCAGUUUUGUUGCAGUGUUAGUGUAUUACGGCAGUAUCAGCGAUGACGAUGACGACAUCACUUACUUGCCGUACCCACCGGAGCUUCCAUAUCCACUAAGAGAUGGUUUUGAACCGCCCCAGUGA